AUGUCGGACACUCAGAGAGGCGGAGAAAGGGGCGGGUUUAGGGGCGGUUUUGGCGGCGGUCGUGGCCGCGGAGGGGAUAGGGGAGGACGCGGCCGGCCUCGCCGCGCCCGCCGCGACAACGAGGAGCAGAAGUGGGUGCCGGUUACCAAGCUCGGCCGGCUGGUCCAGGCUGGUAGGAUCAAAUCCCUUGAGCAGAUCUACCUCCACUCGCUCCCGAUCAAGGAGUACCAGAUCAUAGACACACUGGUGGGGCCCUCCCUCAAGGACGAGGAGGUGGCCACCGCCAUCCGCGGCGCCAUCAUACUGGCCAAGCUGUCGGUGAUUCCGGUGAGGAGGGGUUACUGGGGGAACAAGAUCGGAAAGCCACAUACCGUGCCUUGCAAGGUCACCGGGAAAUGUGGGUCCGUCACCGUGAGGAUGGUCCCUGCUCCACGUGGGUCCGGUAUUGUGGCGGCCCGCGUGCCGAAGAAGGUGCUCCAGUUUGCUGGUAUUGAGGAUGUUUUCACCUCCUCCCGUGGAUCCACCAAGACUUUGGGGAACUUUGUCAAGGCAACUUUUGAUUGCUUGUUGAAGACCUAUGGCUUCUUAACUCCGGACUUCUGGAGAGAGACUCGUUUCACGAAAUCCCCAUUCCAAGAAUACACUGAUCUUUUGGCAAUGCCCACAGCCAAGACUGUCCAAAUAACCGAGGAAACUGAAGCAUGA